AUGGACGGUUACACAGACUCUCCUGGCGACCAAAGUGCGACCACGGCAUCUAUAUAUCCAUCAUACGCCGACGAAGCUGCUUUUGUCACAAUACCGUACUCAGACACUACCGAAGCCGAGCCUCCCAUCCCCUUGAUACCACCAAAGAGUCCCGAAAGAGACUCAAGAGAAUGCUCCGAAGAACCUCUUCCAUCCGUCACGGACGAUUCGGCGUCAUCCGUAUACGCCGAGUCUGAGAACCCUACAUUAAAGGAAGUCAUUCAAUCAGUCGAAGAGCACACGUGCACCAACCCACCUCCGACAGCAGAACCCAUGUCAGCAUCCAUCUACGAAGUCGCAUGGGAUGAAAUGUUCCCCGCCGAAGAAAUAUACGACGAAGCAACGGGUCUACCAGCUUACAUCGCGCCGUGGAUUAUUCGAAGCGAAUCCGACGACGAGCAAAACGCAAAGGUGGCAGACUGGAAGCCGGCGCCUCUCGUUCCUCCACUGAGGAGACGCCCAGGCAUAGCCGAGCAGAUGGGGAGACCUCUGCCGAAGUGGAAGCAAGGAGGCGACGUGGAGUCCGUAACUAGCCAGACACCGAAGAAGAAGCGCAAUUUCUGGAUGUCGUUCCGCAGGAGCAAGAAGGCUCUGACUGCGUCUAUCACUGGUUCGUCGCAAUCACUUACACCAUUGAAGAGCACCGAAUCUUCCAAUCCAAAGACAGACAGCUCAAUUGCUCAGCCGCAAGGUUCUGUUUCAUCUCUAAUUAAUAAUGGUAAGAGUGGCAGGGGUCGCGAGGAUAGUGUUGCGAAAGUCGCCGUUGAGAAUGCUGGGAAGAUGGACAGCAUUGCCAGUCGUCCGAAGUCGUUGGUGGUAGAUCCGAGCGAUGGGAAGUAUGGGAAUGGUGUGUCCGUUGAGGAAGUCGAAGUUGCGCAGAUGGCUAACCCGAAAGAAGAGGUUGACGAGUUUGUGUUGAAGCGAGAAGUGGCGGGGAGUCAUAAGAUCACCAUGGCGAUACCGGAGGGGAAGAUAUUGAAUGAUGAGUUGAGGGCGAGGCUGUGUUGUUGA